GCCCUGCGUCUCACCGACCUCCUGCGCGUCUGUCCCAGCCCCGGGCUUCUGUCCCCAGCCCGAGGGGAGGAAACUCCGACUGCAGCCAUGCCAGAGCCCACGAAGAAAGAGGAAAACGAGGCACCGGCCCCCGUCCCGCCGCCACCGGAAGAACCAAAUAAAGAGAAGGAGGCGGGAAGUGGACCGGCCAAAGAUGAAGAGGAAGCAUCCCCACCUAGCGCCUUGCCUCCAGGUUUGGGUAGUCGGGCCCUGGAGCGGAAGGACUCAGAAUGGUCCAUCGGCGAAUCGCCUGGCGGUGGGGAGGAGCAGGACAAGCAGAAUGCCAACUCACAGCCGUCCAUCCUGUUCGUGGAGAAGCCUCAGACGGGAACAGUGAAAGUUGGUGAGAACAUCACGUUUGUGGCCAAGGUCAAAGCAGAGGAUCUGCUUCGGAAGCCCACCAUCAAGUGGUUCAAGGGCAAGUGGAUGGAUCUGGCCAGCAAGGCAGGGAAGCACCUACAGCUGAAGGAGACCUUCGAGCGGCACUCGCGGAUCUACACGUUUGAGAUGCAGAUCAUCAAGGCCAAAGAGAACUAUGCUGGCAACUACCGGUGCGAGGUGACCUACAAGGACAAGUUCGACAGCUGCUCCUUUGACCUGGAAGUGCACGAAUCCACGGGGACUACUCCAAGCAUCGACAUCAGAUCUGCCUUCAAGAGAAGUGGAGAAGGUCAAGAGGAUGCAGGAGAACUUGACUUUAGUGGUCUCCUGAAACGUAGGGAGGUGAAGCAGCAGGAGGAGGAGCCCGAGGUGGACGUGUGGGAGCUGCUGAAGAAUGCAAACCCCAGUGAGUAUGAGAAGAUCGCCUUCCAGUACGGCAUCACGGACCUGCGGGGGAUGCUCAAGCGGCUCAAGCGCAUGCGCAGGGUGGAGAAGAAGAGCGCAGCUUUUGCAAAAAUUCUUGAUCCUGCAUAUCAGGUGGAUAAAGGAGGCAGAGUGAGGUUUGUCGUGGAACUGGCAGAUCCGAAGUUGGAAGUGAAAUGGUAUAAAAAUGGGCAGGAAAUUCGACCCAGCACCAAGUACAUUUUUGAACAUAAAGGAUGUGAGAGAAUCAUGUUUAUCAACAACUGCGCGCUGACAGACGACUCGGAGUAUUACGUGACAGCUGGAGACGAGAAGUGUUCCACUGAGCUCUUUGUGAGAGAGCCUCCAAUCAUGGUGACCAAACAGCUGGAAGACACAAACGCCUACUGUGGGGAGAGAGUGGAGCUGGAGUGCGAGGUGACCGAAGACGAUGCCAAUGUGAAAUGGUUUAAGAACGGAGAAGAGAUCAUCCCCGGUCCGAAAUCAAGAUACAGAAUUAAAGUCGAGGGCAAGAAGCACACGCUGAUCAUAGAUGGGGCGGCCAAGGCGGACAGCGCGGAGUACUCCGUGAUGACCACGGGCGGACAGUCCUCUGCCAAGCUCAGCGUGGGCUUGAGGCCUCUGAAGAUUAUGACGCCCCUGACCGACCAGACAGUCAAACUUGGCAAAGAAAUUUGCCUGAAGUGUGAGAUCUCUGAAAACGUGCCAGGGAAAUGGACGAAAAAUGGCCUGCCCGUGCAGGAGAGUGACCGCCUGAAGGUCAUUCACAAAGGGCGGAUCCACAAGUUAGUAAUUGCCAAUGCCCUAGUUGAAGAUGAAGGGGAUUAUGUGUUCACACCCGACGCCUACAAUAUUCCUAUGCCAGCCAAAGUUCGCGUGAUCGACCCUCCCAAGAUCAUCCUGGAUGGGCUGGAUGCGGACAACACGGUGACCGUGAUCGCGGGGAACAAGCUUCGUCUGGAGAUCCCGGUCACCGGGGAGCCGCCCCCCAAGGCCCUCUGGAGCCGGGCAGAUAAGGCCAUCAUGGAGGGCAGUGGCCGCAUCCGGGCAGAGAACUACCCCGACAGCAGCACGCUGGUCAUCGACGUGGCGGAGAGAGAUGACUCCGGGGUCUACAAUAUCAACCUGAAGAACGAGGCGGGCGAGGCGCACGCCAGCAUCAAGAUCAAGGUCGUGGACAUCCCCGACCCCCCGGUGGCCCCGAACGUGACAGAGGUGGGGGACGACUGGUGCGUGAUGAACUGGGAGGCCCCGGCCUACGAUGGCGGCUCCCCCAUCCUGGGGUACUUCAUCGAGAGGAAGAAGAAGCAGAGCUCCCGCUGGAUGAGGCUGAACUUCGACCUCUGCAAGGAAACCACUUUCGAGCCCAAGAAGAUGAUCGAGGGCGUGGCCUACGAGGUCCGCAUCUUCGCGGUCAACGCCAUCGGGAUCUCCAAGCCCAGCAUGCCGUCCAAGCCCUUCGUGCCCCUGGCUGUCACCAGCCCCCCCACCCUUCUGGCUGUCGACUCUGUGACCGACACAACUGUCACGAUGAAGUGGCGGCCCCCAGACCAGAUCGGCGCCGCGGGUCUAGAUGGCUAUGUGCUAGAGUACUGCUUCGAAGGAACUGAGGACUGGAUCGUUGCCAACACAGAUCUGAUCGACAAGACCAAGUUCACCAUCACCGGGCUGCCCACAGACGCGAAGAUCUUCGUGCGUGUGAAGGCAGUGAACAAGGCGGGCUCCAGCGAGCCCAAGUACUACUCUCAGCCCAUCCUGGUGAAGGAGAUCAUAGAGCCUCCAAAAAUCCGAAUCCCAAGGCACCUGAAGCAAACCUAUAUCCGCAGAGUCGGAGAAGCUGUCAACCUGGUCAUCCCUUUCCAGGGAAAACCAAGACCAGAAUUAACUUGGAAGAAGGACGGCAACGAGAUCGACAAGAGUCAGAUCAACAUCCGUAACUCGGAGACCGACACCAUCAUCUUCAUCAGGAAGGCGGAGAGGAGCCACUCGGGGAAGUACGACCUGCAGGUCAAGGUGGACAAAUACGUGGAGACCGCGUCCAUCGACAUCCAGAUCGUAGACCGUCCGGGGCCGCCGCAAAUCGUGAAGAUUGAAGAUGUCUGGGGGGAGAACGUGGCCCUGACAUGGACACCACCCAAGGACGACGGCAAUGCUGCCAUCACGGGCUACACCAUCCAGAAGGCGGACAAGAAGAGCAUGGAGUGGUUCACUGUCAUCGAGCAUUACCACCGAACCAAUGCCAGCAUCACAGAGCUGGUCAUUGGGAACGAGUAUUACUUCCGGGUCUUCUCGGAGAACAUGUGUGGUCUCAGCGAGGACGCCACCAUGACGAAAGAGAGCGCUGUGAUCGCCAAGGAUGGUAAAAUCUACAAAAACCCCGUGUACGAGGACUUCGACUUCACCGAGGCGCCCAUGUUCACGCAGCCCCUGGUGAACACCUUCGCCAUCGCCGGCUACAACGCCACCCUGAACUGCAGCGUGAGGGGGAACCCUAAGCCCAAAAUCACCUGGAUGAAAAACAAAGUGGCCAUCGUGGACGACCCGAGGUACCGGAUGUUCAGCAACCAGGGCGUGUGCACGCUGGAGAUCCGCAAGCCCAGCCCCUACGACGGAGGCACCUACUGCUGCAAAGCCGUCAACAACCUGGGCACCGUGGAGAUCGAAUGCAAGCUGGAGGUGAAAGGCGGGCUGUCCUUCUGCAGGCUGCUCCUGCAAGGCGUGCCGCCCAACAUCAUUGACUCCUACCUGCGCGACCUACAGUCCAGCAACCCCGAUGAGUACUGAGGCCCGCGCUGUCUCUCGGCUCCGUUGCUUUGCAAUCUGCUUGGAAAGAGAAAGCAUUUUCUGGUUUUCCACCAGGCCCCUCGUUUGGCCAUUUUCUUUCCUCCUAAUGUUAAAGAGAAGGAGAAAAAAAAAAAACAGUUUGGACAGAUUGCUUCAUUAAAAAUUGCAAAUGAAAACCUCA